AUGUCUUCGAAAGUACAGUCACGUGACCCCGAGCUUUCCGUUCUCUCGACUGACGAGUGUUUCUUCAACGAUGAAGACUGCUCUUCACCCAGCGAAGAGUGCAACUUGUGUGCAAAAUUCUGCGAAGAAAAACGACGUCGGGAAGAACGCCUUUCAGAGCUCACGGCACCUGGCGGCUCGGCAGGCGAGCUUUUCUUCCGUGCCUCUGGAGACAAGAUGUUGGCUACUCUGUUCGGCAGUGUCUGUACGGUUGAGAUCUUCAUCGACCAAGAGGGUCGCAAAACGACGUACCUCUCCAGAGACAAGAAGGGCGAGAGAGUCCCCAUUUUCUCCGAUGGCGAAGAUGUGACUGGGUGCGCCAUCCUGAACUUGAAACCUGGAAAGCGACUCGACCACAAUGGCAUCAAGGUGGAACUGAUCGGCCAAAUUGACACGCUGUACGACCGCAGCAACUCGUACGACUUCUUCUCGAUUUCCAAGGAUUUGGAGCCUCCAGGCGUCUUGGUCGAGAGUAAAAAGUACAAGUAUCGCUUCAAUGCCGUCGAUAAACCCAACGAGACGUACUCCGGCAUCCAUGUGCGGCUGCGCUACUUCAUUCGCCUCACCAUUAUGCGGAACUACGGCAGCAGCAUUGUCAAGGAGCAAGACUUCGUCGUUCAGAACAUCGGCAUCCCUCCGGAAGUGAACAACACAAUCAAAAUGGAGGUGGGCAUUGAAGACUGUCUCCACAUCGAGUUCGAGUACGACAAAAGCAAGUAUCAUUUGCGAGACGUGGUUGUCGGAAAAGUCUACUUCGUGCUUGUCCGCAUCAAAAUCAAAGACAUGCAGAUCGACAUCAUCCGCACCGAGACCGCCGGCACAGGCUCUAGCGCAGUAACUGAUUCCGAGACUCUGACGAAAUUCGAGAUCAUGGACGGCGCGCCGAUUCGCUCGGAGUGCAUUCCAGUGCGCGUGUACUUGAGUGGCUUUGACUUCACGCCCACGUACAAGAAUGUCCAGAACAAAUUCUCUGUUCGGUAUUUUCUGAACUUGGUUCUGAUCGACGAAGAAGACCGACGGUAUUUCAAGAAGCAGGAAAUCACAAUGUGGAGGAAGAAGAUCGGGUAG